AUGGUGAGAACUACUCAAUAUCGAGAUGCUAUUACUCGUUUUGCUCAAGGGUCUGACGAGCCUUUUCAUAAGGCUUGGGAAAGAUUCAGAGACCUCCUUCGGAAGUGUCCUCAUCAUGACAUGCCAAAAUGGCAACUUGUCAACUUCUUUCAUAAGGGGCUCAAUGAGGCACAAAAGUAUAUGGUGGAUGCCUCUUGUGGUGGAAAUUUUAUGUUGAAAAGUGUAGAGGAAGCAUGGCAGCUCUUCAAAAAUAUAUCUGAUAAUUUUACACAACAUGUCUUACCUCCAGUAGCAAGACCUCCUACCAUAUUGAGGAGAGCAGAAGGUGUGAAUGAAGUAAGGAUAAAUCAAGGGCUAGUGAGCCAAAUUAAGGCAUUAACUAAGAAGGUUGGUCAAUUGAUGACUUCACAGUCAAAUUUUAUUCCUCCUGCGACUAAUGUUCAAGGCUUUGAAGUGUGUUCUUUCUGUUCCAGUCCAACUCACCAUGUGUCCAUUUGUCCAAGUGCAUCUCAAUAUUCAGAAAUUCCAGAAGAGCAAAGAAAUCCAGCCACAAGGACAUCAGCUCUUCCACCUCAAGUACCUCAAGUGCAAGGCAAUUUUCAAUCUCCAGUUCAGACUUCAAAUCCUCAAGGAUUCAUUCCUAUGAAUGCCUUCAGUCAACCUCAACAAUUCUUAUCAAUGCUCGAGGCAAUGAUGGCAAAGCAGUUAGAGCCAACUAAUCAACUUGUUCAGUCUCAUUCUCAAUCCCUUACCAAGUUAGAGACUCAAGUUGGCCAACUAGCUCAAGCCUUGAACAGAAGAGAGGAUGGCAAGCUUCCUAGUCAACCAGUAGCUAAUCCAAGAGGUGUGCGUAUAAUUGAUGACAUUACUGGCCAAGAAGUUCGCCAUGAACAAGUGCAAGCAAUUACUACUCUAAGAAGUGGUAAGAGAGUUGAAAAUAAGUUGGAAGAAGAGGAAGCAAAGAAGGAUGAAAAUUGGAAGAAAAAACUUGAAGAGAAAAAGGAGCGGAAUGAAAAAGCACAAGAAGUACCUCCAAUUACUGAGCCAUCUCUAGAACAAAGGCAUGUUGUUGUGCCAUUCCCUCAGAGACUACAAGAAACAUCAAAGGCAGCAAAAUAA